AGUGAAUACAUUUGCCUCUGAUUCAUGCAAGCAUAAAUGAUGCUUUCACAGUCUUUUGUCAGAGGUGGGUGAAAGUGUUGAAUUCAGAGCUUAUUUAGGCAGCUUACUUUAAUCUGUAUUUUUUAAAAAGUUAGUUUUGGGUAAACCGGAGAGCUCUUAAUUUUUGAGUGGAUUCUGGAACAUGAAGUGCACGAUGCAUAUAUUUAAAUUAUCCAUACCACCCUCUCUGUUAAUUCCCUGUAUCCCCUGAUUCUGUAGAGUGUAACGUAUGUCCUCGAGUCUGUUUUUUACUGACUUGAACCAGAAUACUGAUCCAUCAAAUAGCAUGUGUUGAACACCUCAUAGAUAUUUCAAGCUUUGGUUCCUUAGUUCUUGAGUAGACCUGUUGGACUCAAAUUGUAUGAAACAUGAGUACUACUUUUCUAUGAGUCCUGCUCCAUAGUUGCCACCAAGGAGCACAAUGACAUGUGCUUGUUCUAAAGUAAGAUAAGUGCUUAAAAUCAUUAGAACAUUGUUUUGAAAAGUUUUUCAUGACAUCAUCCCAGUAAGAUAGUGGGUCUACAGUGCAAUGGUUCCUCUUCAGCCCUGAGGUUAGUUCUUUGAGCUAACACAUUGUGUUCCAUGUUUGCAUGUCUUUUGCUGAGUAGACCCCUCUGCUGUAGCACGUUUGCCAUAAAUUAAUGUGUGUCCUUUUGCAGUGCAAUAGACAGGUUAUUUCUUUAGAGGGGGGAAAAAAAUACAUUACAAAGUUAAAUUAUCACUGAAUUGUUACAGAAGAAGCUGCUCCUGGAGAAGCAGAUGGUUGUGUUCUCUGCUUUCUUUAAAAGUUGAUACAGACCUACUCUCGUGUACGUGCAUCUUACUGAGGUCAAGUACUCAGUUUAGUGGUAGUUCAACUUAGGGGUUUUUUUUUCAGCAAUGCUUUAAGAGAAUGUCAGAAAGUUACAAUUCAAAAAACUAGGAAUGAAAUUUUUUCUUUCUAACAAUGGCCAGUGAGAAAGAUGAAGCGUAAUAAUAUGUUUUUUGUGACAAUUCUAAAACUGAAUGAUUUUUUUCUUUCACAUUUAAAGGAGGAGUCAAGGCUGGAUGUUCUGAUAAAUAAUGCAGGGGUAUUCCAGUGUCCAUACAUGAAGACGGAGGAUGGUUUUGAGAUGCAAUUUGGUGUAAACCACUUGGGUCACUUCUUGCUCACCAACCUUCUUCUGGGCCUUCUCAAAAAUUCUGCUCCGAGCAGGGUUGUUGUAGUAUCCUCAAAGCUUUACAAAUAUGGAGAGAUCAACUUUGAAGACUUGAACAGUGAAAUAAGUUACAAUAAAAGCUUUUGUUACAGUCGAAGUAAACUGGCUAAUAUAUUAUUUGCAAGGGAGCUAGCCCGUCGGUUGGAAGGCACAGGAGUCACCGUCAACUCUCUCCAUCCUGGGAUUGUCAGAACAAAUCUAGGCAGGCACGUGAAUAUUCCUUUGCUGGCCAAACCCCUGUUCAACUUGGUGUCAUGGGCUUUCUUCAAAACACCUCUGGAAGGAGCCCAGACUUCUAUUUAUUUGGCCUCUUCUCCUGAUGUUGAAGGCGUGACAGGAAAAUAUUUUGGAGACUGCAAAGAGGAAGAACUCCUGCCCAAAGCUAUGGAUGACUUGGUUGCAAGAAAGUUGUGGGAUAUCAGUGAAGUGAUGGUUGGCUUAUUGAAGUAAGUGCCAGGGGGUGUCUGCAAAACAGAGUGCAGAUAACUAUGCAAUGCAUUUUUACAAAAGUGAAAUUCUCACUUUAAAUGCUAUGGGAAUACAGAGUAUGUUGCUCAAUAAGUAUGAAAUAAGGGAGUGGUUUAUGUUGGAACUGUUUUGAAAUAAAAGACAAUCUUCAACAGAGAUAGGCAUUCACAAAAGUCUGAAAUACAGUUUAUGGGUGUGAAUAUAAUUUAUCAUUAAAUCUGCUUGGAAACUCAUGUUUUACAAAUAAAAACUAAACAGAACUGUGUUUUGCAAUAUAUAUGCAUAUUUCUCAUGUUCCACUACUUGCAAUCAGCCUGGAAAAUGCAAGGUACUGAUGGUGAAACACUUCUGUAAAAAAUGUGAAAAUAAGUCCUAAUAAUAGAAUUAUCGUCUUUUUAUGAGCCAUCAGAAUAAUACAUGGAAUAAAGAAUUUUACUGAUAUCUUGCACUGUAAUUGUUGAGGCCUCUGAGUUCUGUUCAAAGGCUUGACAGCUCCAUGGUUCAGUAAACAGAACUGUUGAGCCAUGUGCAGUUCUGCUGUGAAGCACAAAGUCAGCUAUUUUUAGUGGUGUUGCUGCUGUUCAACGUGUAAGUACAGUUGGUUGUGCAAGCUGUAUUUUUAUUUUCAUAUGUACUGAACUUGCUGUUUCUUGAAACCUUGGUUUUCAUUAAAAGGAUAGUUGCAAGAUGUAUUAUGGUCUUUAUAGGGCUUUGCAUGGCACAAAUUGUGUGCAUACAAAGUUUGUAAGACCUCACCCAGAUUAGACCGAAGAAUCUCAGUUUGUGUGUUUGCCUUGACUGAUGGCACUUUAACUAAGUAAUGUUCUGUAAAUCUGUCUCGUACAGCUACUGAAUAUUCCUUAAUAAAAUCCU